CAUCCACCGACCAGGCUCGCUGACACAGACGGGGCGAAGAGAAAACACCGGCGCUCAGAGGGAGACAUCAGUAUCGCAAUCACUUAAUAAAUAGUCCGCUUUCUUUUUUUUUGGUCGCCGUGACUCGGUGACAGAAAGUCGAGGCUUUUGUGGAGCACGCACGCAUCACCUCUAUCCGCGAAUGGCUUCUUCUAUAAUGUGCAGUUGAGCUGUCAUUCACCGCUGUGGAAGCGCCAGUCCCCGUGUGUUGGUAGAGGCUGUCGGCAUACUCAGCCACUGAAGACCCGUCAGACCAUGAACUACGUGGGCCAGUUGGCAGGGCAGGUGUUCGUCCAGGUCAAAGAGCUGUACCGAGGCCUCAAUCCCGCCACCCUUUCUGGCUGCAUUGACGUCAUCGUGGUGAGACAGCCCGAUGGGUCUCUGCAGUGCUCACCUUUCCAUGUUCGCUUCGGCAAGAUGGGAGUCCUCCGGUCCCGAGAGAAAGUGGUGGACAUGGAGAUCAAUGGAGAACCAGUGGAUCUACAUAUGAAGCUUGGGGACAAUGGAGAAGCAUUCUUUGUGCAAGAAACGGAAAACGAUCAGGAAGUGGUUCCCUCCUACCUGGCCACCUCUCCGAUCUUGUCGGAUGGGCCCAUCCUGAUGAGCUCCUCCCUGAUGGGGAAGAGCUCCGGGCCGCCCAUACAGAGCCUGGGCUCUGCGGGCUGCAUGGGAGAGACUGGCGGUGGGAUGAUGAAGAAGAGGAGGAAGAGGAGAAGGAAGGCCCGGGCGGACAGCGUGAGGAGGGAGGAGAGCGGGGACUACUCCGAGGAUGAAGACAUGUUCACCAUAGACAUCAGCUCAGACGAAAUGACAGCGGUGGAGAGCAACAGGACUCGGGACGUCUUGAGAGACGAGACGACGGUCGGUUCAGCCGGCGGCUCUUUCAAACAGACCGGCAUGUACACCCGUUCAGAUGGAGAUUGGAGCCCAAUUCAGAGCCCCGGAAACUCUCGUCCCACCUCUCCCAAGAGCGACUCUGAACUAAUAACCAAGCCUUCAAACAAUCAGAAUCCAGCCAUGCUCUGGGCGUGGGGGGAGAUGCCACAUGCUGCUACGCCGUCCUUCCUCCCAGUGAAACCCGACCCUCCACCAGUUUGCCCAGUAUCCAUCCCCGUGUCUGAAAGCACACACUUCCGCGUGAUAACUCACGAGACGUCCUCGGAGCAGUGUGGGCCCUGCUCCGAAAUAUCGGCGCUCAGACUGCUGAUGCCAGAGGAGACGGGCAAGGAAACGGUGGGGAUGGAGUCCGAGUCCACGAGGACUGAGUCCCAGACAGCCGGAGGCGUGGCAGCUCAGAUGACGUCUGACAUGGAGGAGGCAAUGUCUCAUCCACCAGGCAAGACAGACUCUCCGUCCAAGAGACAAGACAAGAGAAGCCGCCAUCUUGGCUCUGAUGGAAUUUACCUGGAUGACAUCACAGAGCUGGAGCCUGAAGAGGCGGCCCGUUAUUUCCCUAAGAGUGACGGCAGUGCGGCAGUGAGGAGCAUCUCGGACCCGGGUCUCCACAGCACCAGCCUGUCCCCACAGUCGGUCAGCUCUGGAGGAGACAGCGGAGUGGACAGCUACUGCGACCACAUGGCCGACAUGCCGUCCAUCGCCAUCUCUUUGUGUGGAGGGCUCAAUGACAACAGGGAGAUCACUAAAGAGCAUUUCCACGAGAAGAUCAUCUCUUACCAGCAGUUUUCGGAAAACCCCUCCAUCAUCGACGACCCCAACUUGGUCGUGAAAAUUGGCUCCAAAUACUAUAAUUGGAGUUCGGCAGCUCCCCUUAUGCUGGCCAUGCAAGCCUUUCAGAAACCGCUGCCAAAGGCUGCAGUGGAGAACAUCAUGAAGGAGAAGAUGCCCAAGAAAGGAGGGAGGUGGUGGUUCUCCUGGCGGGGCAGAAACAGCGGCUCCAAAUCGGAUUCCGUCUCUGAGCGCGGGGCCUGCGGUUAUGCUGAGCAGGCCGGGAAAAUGUCAAGCAGACACAAAGACGAGUCGUCCUCCAGCGAUGAAGACCGCGGGGACGCCAUGCAGAGCUCUCCCACCAUCCAGUCGGAGCCUGGGCUCACACUAGGAGGCGUGUCUUAUAAGAAAACACUCCGACUCACAUCAGAGCAGCUGAUGUCCCUCCAGCUGCAGGAUGGCCCUAACGAUGCUGUGUUUAGUGUGACCACUCAGUACCAGGGAACCUGUCGCUGUCAGGGCACCAUCUACCUCUGGAACUGGGACGACAAGAUAAUCAUCUCUGACAUAGAUGGAACCAUCACCAGGUCGGACACAUUGGGUCAUAUCUUGCCCACACUGGGGAAAGACUGGACCCACCAGGGCAUUGCAAACCUCUACCACAAAGUCAGCCAAAAUGGCUACAAGUUCCUGUACUGUUCGGCGCGAGCUAUCGGCAUGGCCGACAUGACCCGAGGUUACCUCCACUGGGUCAACGAGAGGGGCACCAUGCUUCCCAUUGGCCCCGUCCUCCUCAGCCCGAGCAGCCUCUUUUCAGCCCUGCACAGGGAGGUGAUUGAGAAGAAACCAGAGAAAUUCAAGGUGGAGUGUCUCAACGAUAUCAAGAACCUCUUCUACCCCAACACUCAGCCGUUCUAUGCAGCGUUUGGCAACAGACCAACGGAUGUAUAUUCCUAUAAAGAAGUAGGAGUGCGACUGAACAGGAUUUUUACGGUAAACCCUAAAGGCGAGCUAGUGCAGGAGCACGCCAAGACCAACAUCUCAUCUUACGUCCGUCUGGGUGAGGUGGUGGACCACGUGUUCCCUCUGAAGACCCGAGCCUCAUCCUCAGACUUCCCUUGCUCUGACACCUACAGCCACUUCACCUACUGGAGGCAGCAGCUUCCCCUGGUGGACCAUCCGGGUACUACACCUCCACAGACUCCCCUCCCCAGCAGCUGACUAUCUAUGGCUGACGGUGUGAUGGUGUGUGAUAGGAAUUUGUAUUUUUUUUUACUGUAGAAGAGGAUGGAGCACUUUGAGUGCACACCAGAGAGCAACCUAAUUUGGUUAAUCUGCUGUUAAAAUAUUUAUAGAUGGAUGUAAGAGCACUUUUAUGAAAAGAUGGCCUUUUGACUAUCUGUAUGUAUAUGAGAAAUAAUAAUAAUUUAUUCAGGCAGCUUAGCACAUGUACUAUUUUUGAGUGAGUGUUGACAUUAUUUCAGUAGCUAGACUUUUCAAGCUAUUUAUGCAGGCAGUUGCUUCCAGUAUUGCUCAGUAUGUUUUAACAUAGUAUGUUAAAAUGUAUUGCACAGCACAAUUAAUGAGUGGACGUCUAUGUGGCUUGACAUUAUUCUGACAGAGGGUUCAUUAUAAAGAUGGUUUUGAAUGCAUAUUUAUUGUUGAGACAAAGUAAUGCUGACAGGAGAACAGAAAGCACAACAUUUUGAAUGGUCAAAAUAACCAUUGUUUCCCCUUUAAAAAAAAAAAAGUAUCUGUGAGAAUUGUUGAAAUAUUUUUAUUUUUCUAUUGAAAUCACACGGUGUGUAUAUGUUGCGAUGUGAAAGUGAUUUCUGUGGUGGCCUUCGUGAAAUAAAUUUAUCCAGUUACACUUCACACGAUGUGACUGUUAGGUGCUCAGAUAAGUUAAGAUGUUUGUUUCCAUAAAUUCCAUUAGAUAUAUUUUGUUCAUUCAUCUGGUGACAUACUGACUGAUAUGACAUGUAGCCUACACCACCCAUUGGUUCUUGUACUGCUGCCAUUCCCUUGUAAUAUCACUUAAAGCAAAACCCAGGUCUGGAAGCCCUUAUCAGACAUCUUAGAGAGGACAGUAGGCGACAGUAUUAAAAGGAAUGUUUGACAUUUUUUUCCAAAGUAACAGACACUUGAAAAGUGAUCUUUAAUUCUUACAACACAGAUAACCUGAGGUCAUAUGCAGGAGCUGCAUGCUGUCAUGGUGACAUGCCUAAUGCAUCAGUGUUUUGACUGUGAACCACCCGAACAGUACAAUCAUAUUGACUAAGCGUGUAGUUUAUGGAAGAGGAUAUGCAUAUAAUGCUUUAUGAUUCUUUCCAUGAAAGAGUUCCAAUAGCCUGAAAGCAUAUUUAACUUUGCCUUAAACUGUGAGCGAUAUGAUCAAUAAUGUGUUCAUUUAUUCCCUCCACUCCUUCUCCUGACCAGUUCACUGUUUUAUUUAUGUAAGCAGAGUCAAUAAAGAAAUGCCUUGAUAACAGUGCGUGUGGGUCAAUAAUUCAGCAUGACAGCUCUCCGUUCAACUGAAUGCAGCGGUGGAAGAAAUAUUCAUAGAAAAG